AUGCUGUUAAGAAAGAUUGGCAUACCAACAAUAACAUCUCCUACUACUCUAAACUGUGUAACAAACAACGCAAUACUCUGCACUCUCGCACGCUUACAGAUGUUAUUGGACGACCAGCUGAAGUACUGGGUCUUGUUGCCCAUCUCGAUUGUGAUGGUGUUGACUGGUGUGCUCAAACAGUACAUCAUGACGCUUAUAACGGGGAACAGUGCUAAUGAAACGCAGCCAAGAGUGAAGUUGACAGAGUGGCAAUACCUGCAAUGGGCACAAUUGCUGAUCGGUAACGGUGGGAACCUCUCUGCGGAGGCAUUUUCUGCCAAGAAAGAGUUUCUCAUCAAGGACCUCACCGACGAAAGACAUUUGGCCCAAGCCAAGCAACAGGACGGAUCGUCUGCCGGAGAGAUGGUAAACCCCUUCAAUGACCCGAACAUGUCUAAUGCUAUGAUGAACAUGGCCAAGGGCAAUAUGGCCAGUUUCGUCCCACAGACCAUUAUCAUGUGGUGGGUCAACCACUUCUUUGCGGGAUUCAUUCUUAUGCAGUUGCCCUUCCCCUUGACCGCCAAGUUCAAGGAGAUGUUGCAAACCGGUAUCAUCUGUCAAGACCUGGAUGUGAGAUGGGUCAGUUCCAUUUCGUGGUAUUUCAUCUCUGUGCUCGGGUUGAACCCAGUCUACAACUUAAUUGGGUUGAAUGACCAGGACAUGGGCGUACAAACUGGAACGGCAGGACCACAGGGGCCUCCACAAUCGCAGGUGGACAAAGCUAUGCAAGCUAUGGCCAACGAUCUGACCAUCAUCCAGCAUGCGACGUGUCUUGAUAGCGUUGAGCAGAGGGUUUUGGAACAUUAUAUGUAA